AUGGCAUCUAUAUCUGAUAGAGGCCCUGAUGCCGUCAAGAAGAUGGAUCCUCGCAACUCCAUCGCUGCCGACUUUGCCAAAGAUGCAGUUAUUCACGAUUUUGGUUAUAGUUCCACAUAUGCCAGCUUCUUCGUUCCCUGGGCGCCAUGUACAAUGGCUAUGGCCUCUUGCACUCGCACCUCCGUCGAUAUCCCGUCCUCUGUCUUCGUCGCAGGCAUGACCAACAUCAUGAAUGCCCUCACAAUCAUUGUCAGUUUUGCUUGGGCAUCUUCCAGCUCAGUCUGUAUCAUCAUCGGCCUCUUUACCGGCUGGGUACCGACCAGUUCUAUCAUCUUGCGGUCGCCAUAUCUACCUGUGCUGCUUGUAACCCUUGUUCUCGUCUCCUCGGCCUGUUUUGUCAUUGGACUCCCCGUCGCCCAAAGGACCCAGGGUAUUUCUUUUACUUCUGCCACUACCGUCUUUGGAGACUACACCAACUACGGUGACUGGGACGAGACUGUUUCUGUUACGUUCAGCUUCUUUUGUGCCGUAUGGGUCAUCACUGGUUGGAAUGCACCGUCAGCCGUGGCAGAGGAGACUCAUAAUGCGCGGAUAGUUGUACCUCCCUCCAUCAUCAACACGUAUUGCCUACAAGCAGGUAUGGGUAUGCUAUUUUGCAUCUCGUUGGCUUUCUGCAUUACCGGCAUGGAUGCAGCGGCAUCUGAUCCUACGUAA